AUGAAGACCGCAACCCUCCUAUCUGCCUUCGCCCUCAUUCCCCCCGCCUUCGCGGUCACCGUGUCCUUUGACAACACCUACGACAACGGUAGCAACCCGCUCGCCAACGUCGCCUGCUCUGACGGUGCCAAUGGCCUCAUCACGCGCUACGGCUUCCAAACGUUCAGCGACAUUCCCGACUUUCCGCACAUCGGCGGUGCCUCCGUCAUCCCGGGCUGGAAUUCGCCCAACUGCGGGACGUGCUGGCAGCUGACGUACUCCGGUACCAGGAAUACCAUCAAUGUCCUGGCCGUGGACCAUGCGGAUGAUGGGUUUAACCUAUCUCAAGAGGCCUUGGACGAGUUGACGAACGAACAGGCCACCCAGCUCGGGAGGAUCGAUGCCACCGCGGUCCAGGUGGACGUUGGGCAGUGCGGGCUGUCUCACUGACCAUGACUCGACCGCUUUGCUCGAUCGCGAGCGUAUCCAUGGACUUUCACCCUUGUUAAACUGUCACGUAUGGAUUUUACUGGUGCUAUCCCGUAUCUCCGAUGUGGCUUCUGUACUGGUCGUAAAUGAUAAGCAUCGAUUU